AUGGCUCCCCGCUUCCUGCAAUGCCUGCUCAAGAAGAAGAGGAAAUUUGCAUACCCAAAGGAUGAAGAGACUGGUAUCAAUUUGGAAGUUCAAAAGCUGUUAGCUGACAAUAUGGCUCUUCAAAAGAAUUUACAGGCUGCCACCGAGACCAUCAGCGAACUGAAUGCGCAGCUUGCGGAGUAUGAUCUUCUUCUUGCCCAUUCCUACUCCCAGCUUGGGGAGUCUAUGCUUGCAAACGUUGAACGGGAUCAGGAUAUGUCUGGCUCAGACUCAGUUGUAAGCAGUAUCCAUCGAAGUCCCAAGUCAACUAUUGGUACCUGGGUCUAUGACCUAUGGCUGUGCUCAGACCACGGCAUCAAGCCUCUCUAUACCGCUGAACAUCUCUGGCGGUCUGGUGAUCCAGAUGCUGCGCUUCAAUGCGCUGGAGAUAUCAUUUCCUCUAACCCAUUCUUAUCUUUCUCCGGCGAGAUGCUCUGUCGAGUCUUCAUUGCAGCAACACUGCACGCGAUCGGUGAAUACAAAAAUUCUAACGCUCAUUUGAAGCGUCUAUUUCGAAUACUUGCGCAUCAACACUCGGCACCUUAUUUUCUAGAAUGUAGGGAUGUUGUUGGAGCCGCAUACUCCAUUCAAGGGAGAAAUUUGAUGGCACUAGAGGAAUAUUCUAAAGCUUACUGGUCUCUGUCCCGGGCUCUCAACACUCCAGGAUACCAUUACAAGGCCCGAAAGUACCAAAAGAGAGCGAUUGAGUGCUUCACGCGAAAGGUAGCGUCUGGAGAUACUGCAUCCAGCGCUGCCUCUGUCCACCCAAUCCUAGGCCACGAUCAAGGUGAGACUACUGAAUAUUUGGACGCUUGCUGA